AUGGCUUCUGCUGUGGUUGAGGAGAACGCGCAGAGUUACAACGCUGCGGUACCCGGACACAUUGAGUUGCAUCAGUGGAGGUUUCAGCUGCUUUCUCAUACUUGCUUCAUGCUGGAGCUGUGCUGUGGGAUGAAGACCAUGGUUACCUUCUGCUUCGUAGCCCUGCCCAUCUCCUCAUUCACAGCUUCACUGUCUGGUCGGCAGGAUCAAAGUGGCUGGGAGGAGGUUAGUGAGACCCCUGUUUUUCUCUUCAGCUCCAUCCCCAUGCAUCGAUUAUCCUCUUACAUUGAACAUCUUCAGUUCUUCGCAGACACUUGGCUGCCCUCCACUCUCUGGCCUGCCGCCCACAUGGCUCCUUCUACCUGGAGCACCGGAGGGAGGCGGGGAGGGACGCGCAGGGGCGGUCGCCACUGCUGCCAGGCCACUGGGGCGAGAUGCCGCUGCUGCCGGAGCUUCGCUAACUUUCCGGGCGGAAGAGGAGGAGGAGGAAGAAGGGGCUUUGAGAGAGUUGGGGGGGAUGCCGAGGUAGGUGGUGGUCUGCCAGUCCAGGAGGAGGAGGGGUUUGGUCCCCUUCCCCAAGCUUCCAAAUCGUCUCCCUUCCCCGCCCCCCUUCACUCCCCCCCGCCCGGCGCGGGUGAAGCCCUCGCUCCCGGGCCCCAGCGCGGGGCCGAGGCGGGCGGCGGUCGGCUGGGUGCCCCAGCCCAGGAAAAAUGUGAUAAAGAAAAUACUGAGAGAAAUCUCACUCAAGCUACCGAGAGCUGCUUCACACAUGGAGACGUGCAAGCCCAGUCCAUUUGGGGAAACUGUUCCGAUGACGAGCUCAUCCGAACCCAACCCCAGCGCUUGCCUCAGCUUCCAACGUGCUCACAAGAACCAAGUGAGGAAGAAACCAGCAAGAUAAAGAACGGCCACCCAAGUCUGAGCAAUGGAAAUGGAAUUCAUCACGGGGCCAAACAUGUAUCUGCAGAUAAUCGAAGACUUUCAGCACCUGUUUCUAACAAAAUGCAUAGAAAAAUUCAGUCCAGCUUGUCUGUAAACAGCGAUAUCAGUAAGAAGAGUAAAGUAAAUGCUGUCUUUUCACAAAAGACAGGCUCUUCACCUGAAGAUUGCUGUGUCCACUGUAUCCUGGCCUGCUUGUUCUGUGAAUUCCUCACCCUCUGCAAUAUCGUCCUGGGCCAAGCCUCCUGUGGGCUGUGCACCUCGGAAGCCUGCUGCUGUUGCUGUGGAGACGAAAUGGGGGAGGACUGUAACUGCCCUUGUGACAUGGAUUGUGGCAUCAUGGAUGCCUGUUGUGAGUCAUCGGACUGUUUGGAAAUCUGUAUGGAAUGCUGUGGAAUUUGUUUUCCUUCAUAGGUAUUUAUCUUCUGUUUGUGUUAAAACUGGAGUGUUUUAAAAAAUUUUUCUUUUAAGGGGGCAGAAAGAUUCUCAUGAAGCAACCCAGUAUUUGCACUGUUAACUCAUUAUUUUAAGUAAUCUCUGAAAGCCUUUUCUCUCUAACCGAAUCUACGUGGUUUAAUAUGUGAAAUUUUAACUACUCUUAAACUUAGUAAGUUACAAUGACUGAGGGACAUUUUGACCAAAAAAAAAAAAAAAAGCCAAAUGUCUCCUCCUUUUUACGCAUGCUUCUGUUUCUUUUAACCAUUCUUAAGAGCCUCUUGUUCCAAAUGUAUUAUUUCUCUGUGGGUAUUUAAACCAGACAGUUAUUUUUGAUGUUCAUAGUUCAAAGUAAGCAUCCCUUCUUUUAAAUUAACGUGAACUUUCGGAAACAAACCCACACCGUCGUCAGACACCCAGUGUUCAGCUCCAUGCUGGGUUCUCCCUUCCUCCACUUGUUCAACAGACAUUGAGCACCUACCGUGUGUAAUGGCCUGCUCAGACACAGAGACGGAUGCCGCUGAACUCCCAUCCAGAGGAGUAUACAGCUUAGCAGAGGAAAGAGACCUGUCAAGUACAAACCGUUCCUCAAGGCAUCAGACUGAAGUGAGGAUUAUGCGAGAGAGACACUAAAAAGGCUCUAGGAAUACACAGAAAAGAACAGCUCUUGUCUACUGGCAUAUGCCCAAGGCUUCAAGGAAAAGGUGGCAUUUGAGGAGGCCUUUUGGGACAAGUGAUCCCUCUUACAGCUUGGAUGAAUUAGAUUUAGGACCAAGUUUUAGGUGGGGAGCCUGAACUGCGUGUGCCCUUAAGCUGUUAAAAGAAAAAUGCCUUAAGUAUGUAUUUCUUCAGUUGCAAGAAUACAGCUUUUUUUUUAAAAAACAAUAAAUUUAAAUUAAAAAUAUGCAAUUUUUUACACAUCAUUUCAAUGUUAUAAUAAAGUUUUUGAUAAGAAUAUAAUGUUUUAUUAAAAUAGCUCCAUUUUAUAAAGAAUGUGGAAUACUUCUGACAAAAUGCAUUUAAAUUAGGUGAUUUUUUUAAUAUUAAAAUCCCAGUAUUCUGAUUUUGAUUUAUUCAAAAGCAUUUUGUUUUUUGGGUUUUUUGGAGAGCUUUCAGUCUUUUUUUAGGAGAGGGAGGUUAUAAAACCAGUGUUUUAUAAACACCGCUCAUCUUAAAUGUAAACCCUUCCUUCCAAUGCAGUGGGAAAUGGGACAUCCAUUACUGUGACCAGAUUUCAGUGUUGCAAUUUUUUGUUAAAUUAAAGCAACACAGCAGGUAAUCACAGUGCUGCAAGUGUAAAGAAAUAGUCUCAUAAUCGACCUAAGUAAAUAGUUAGUAAGACAUAGACACUGGAGUAGUCCGGAUGAACGUGGGAAUAGAUUUCCAUGCUAUGUGCUCUCCUACUAAGUCUGAUCUUCCCAGAAUUGUAGUUUGGUUGGAUUUAAUGUAGAAAUUCUGGAAGGAUACUUUUGGAUUAAUAAUUACUUUUAAGUUCUUCUAGCUGAAAUUCAACUUGAUAAUGAAAACAAAUGCAUAUUUUUAGGAAGCCUUUAGCAAACCUAGCCUUUUAAAGGAAGGUUUUAAACCUAAAGCAUGGGAAUGUCACAUCUGGUUUUUCCUUUGAGAGAAAACCUAGCUUCUACUUCUGUCAUUACUUAAAGGACUUAAAGGAAAAAAAAAAAAAAAGCAAACUCCUGAAUCCCCUUUUUCAGUGCUAUGUGCGUGUACACAUACACACCCUUUAAAUUGUCGGGUUUAAAUAGAAUUAUAGGAAACAGCUGUCUUUCUCUUGUCUAACAAGUGUCUUUGUUACAUUAAAUAUAAGAGCAUCUCUGUACCAUUUCAUAGUAACCAAGAAUCUGAAUAUUUACGUAUACCCCAAGUUAACUUAUGCGUAUCUAUUAGGAUAGAAGAAUAUCAUCUGUGUAUUGACAUAUAACGCCUUCUAAUGACCUGGGAUUGUUAGGAUGUGUCACUUUUUAUCUUGCAAGAUUUUUCAACCAAGUGUUUUGUCUAAUAUUUAAAUAUAUUCUGCCACUAUUUGCAAUGAAAAUAUUAGCACUUUUAAUGUUUCUCCGUAACAGAGAACAUUAAUUGAUAGAUUUUUUUUCAUAUUUAUAUUCACAGUACUUUUCCUCUAUUGUCUGCCCUAGGCAUUCCAUAAAGUAUCUUGUAUGAUUUUUAAAAAUGAAAAAAAACCAAAGUAGGAAAAUGUGAAAAUAGUUCCAGCACAUGUUAGAAUUUCUGUAUAUAAAAUGUUUUGUUGAAUUCCGUGGCCAUCAUGACUAAGUGCUAUAGUUUACAGUUAUAGAUUUGGUCUCUUUUGAAAUGUGGAAACUUAACCUUUAAUAUUUUUAAACUGGACCUGUAUUUUCCUGAAUACAUUAUUUUGAAAUAAAAAACGUGCUCUCUUGUGCUUUA